CUCCUUUCCUUCUCAGUGCGGAAGGCGGGGGCGGCUAGAAAGAGAUUCUCGAUUUAUCUUGCUGGGGUUUAGCUAUGCUCUAUGUCUUUUUCUUUCCACUGAGACUUAAUUUCCAAGUAAUUAACUGAAUUUAAUAAGGCAACUUCCUCUGGCACUCAAGUUGCUUUAUUCUCAUUAGAACAUUGGUAACAGCUCAUUAGAGUAGUUGUUUCCAGGGCUGAUUAAUAAUUUAUCAAGAAGACAAGACUGGGCUUUAUGUGGUUAUUUCAUUUUCCUAAUUGUUUUAUGAGGAAUUUAAUUAAAUCAAUGAAAAUAAAGCAAAAUUAUGCCUUCAAAGCUGUCUACACUAAACUUUUAGCACUCAAGACAAUUUGCUUUGAGAAUUAUUUUUAUAUAUAAUUAUAUAAUUAUCACUUCCUAGGAAUCAGUAUUUGAGUAGUUCUCACUUUAAUUAUCUUAACGUUUUAGUGUAUUUCCAAAUGAGAGCAAAUAACAGUUUAGUUCAAUAUAUGUUUAAUUAAGACUUACAUGGAAGAGGCUUUGAUGUGAUACAAGUGCAGUUCACUUAGGGUCAUCUAUUGCUCCUAUUUUUAUAUACUUAUAUUGAACUACAGUGAGAUUAUAUAGCUGAAAUAUGGCUUGUCAGUGGUACUAAAUAUUAAAUUAAAUUAAGUGCUUACUAGAAACUCGCUGUUUGUUCAGAAUCAUUAGCUUCCUAAUCCACAACAAAAGUAAUCCAGACAGUAUUUUUUUUGUUUGUUUGUUUGUUUUCCUUUUUAUCGGUACCAGGGAUCGAACUCACGACUGCCUGCUUUCAAGUCAGGCGCUUGUGCCGCUGAGUUAAAUCCCCAGCCCCAGACAGUAUUUUUACUUUGAUGAUUUUCAUCUAAAUCUAUAAGUUAGAUUAGCACAUUUUUUGAGCAUAUGGUACAUUCCUGGUGAAGUGUCAGAUAGCAGAAAGGUGUGGGGGUUUAUAUAAAACAGAGCGAUUGCUAGCAAGAAAUUUGUACUCUACCUGGGAACCUAGGACUUAUGUACAUGUAGUGGAAUGAGGAUGCCACUACUUGUUAAAACAAACUCCAAGCUUUGAGGAGGUUCAGAGGAUGAGAGGCCAUAUUGACUUGAUAGAAUCAGAGAAUACUUCUUAGAGGAGAGAACUUGAACUAGAUUUUGAAUUUUAACACCCUUUCAGAAGAUGGGGAAGAAAUUUCAAAAGAAACAGAACAAUGACAUAUGAAGCAUAUAUGUAAAAGUGAAAAAAAUGAGAAACCAGUGAAAAAAAAACUAUUUUCUAGUUUUUGUUUAAAAAUAAAAAAUAUUUUUGUUCUUUUGUGAGAGGGUCUCAGCAGGUAGUUCAAGCUUUUAGUUCAGGCUGACCUUGAACUCACUGUAUAGCCCAGGUUAUCAUCAAACUCAUGAUCCUCCUGCCUCACCCUCCUGCAAGCUGGGAUUACAGGCCUGCGCCAUUGUGCCCAACCUAUCUGUUGUUGAAUUCACUAUGUAGUCCAGGCUGGUCUCUAACUUGAGCUCCAUAAUGAGUUUAGGGUCAUAAUAAAUUGCAUACUGGGGCUGGGGAUUUAGCUCAGCGGCAUAAGCACCUGCCUUGCAAGCAGGCGGUCGUGAGUUCAAUGCCCAGUACCAAUGAAUAAAAAAACAAAACAAAACAAAACAAAAAACUACGUAGUAAGACCAUGUCCCCAAAACAAAAUGCAAAAAACAAAACACAAAAACUUUGUCCUAAGUAAAUUUUAUUCAUUACAUCAAAUUUUUAAAAAUAUAAUUUUUGUAUAAUAGAAUUAUAUAUAAUUGAUCCUCCUGCCUCAGUCUCCUGAGUGCUGGGUUUCCAGGCAUGUGCCCCCAUGUGUGGUUGAGAAACACCACUUGUUGAGUGUUUGUAUGGUGGUCUUUUACUUAAAGAGUUUUUUCACAUACAGCAUCUCUCCAUUAAAGGAACUAACGCUGAGAGAUUAUAUAUUCCCCAAUGCCAUAAUUCUCAGGCCUGGGUUCUUUCUCCUAGAACUGAGAAUUUGUUUUUUUUUGUUUUGUUUUGUUUUAUUGGUUGUGUUUUGGUACUAGGGAGCAAACUUACAACCUCAUGCUUGCCAGGCAGGCACUUGUGGCACUAAGCUAAAUCCCUAGCUCUUAGAACUGAGAAUUUGAUUAGAUUAAUGCCGAAGUAAGUAAAAAAAAAAAAAAAAACAAAAAAAACUGAGAAUUUGAGAAGAUAGUAUUGACAGAUAAAUGUAGAAACAUAGACUUGUGCCAGAGUAUUUAGAAAUGUUUUGUCUAAAGCCAAGAAUAUUGUAUUUUAUAUUCCAUAUGUUGGAUUUGGAGCAGGGAUUAGUCUAAGAGGUAACUGAUAUCAAGAUAUGAAAGGGGUUGGUGUUAGGGGGAGACUGGUAGCCCAGAGAUAGUUAGGGGGCUUGGUCAUAUUUGAGAGUGAGAUGGAUGGAGUGUAUCUGAUAUUCUGCUGGGAAUUUUAAAGAUGAUUAUAUUUUCAUUUGACUUAAAAAUGAUUUUUUAUUGUUUUAUUACAGAAGUGAGACAUGAUCACUUUAGAAAAUAGUAGAAAAUAGUUAUUAAACUUUCUCUUAGUUUUUGUACUUAGGAAUAAAACUAUUAUUAGUACUUUGGCUUAUUUCCUGCCAAUCUUUUUUAUUUCAUAUUUUCUUCUCUUUUGAAUUGAGUUGACAAAUGGACUUUCUUUCUUUUUUUUUUUGUCGUCUUUUUGAGACAGGGUCUCUCUCUGCAGUUCAGGCUGGCCUUGAGCUCACUUUGUAGCCUAGGCUGGUCUUGAACUCACAACAAUCCUCUUGCCUCAGCCUCACGAGUGCUGGGAUUACAGGUGUGAGCCACCAUGCCUGGCUGGAAGAUUGACUUUUAAUUACAAGAAAAUUGGGGGUCUACUAGGGAUCAAGCCUCACUCUAAAAUGGAUGUGGUACCACAUGCCUGUAGUUCCAGCAUUUGGGAAGCUAAGGCAGGAGGAUCACUGCAAAUUAAAGACCAACCUGAGCUCCACCCUAACCCUUCAAAAAGAAACUGAAAUGCAUAUGCAGCAAUCUCCAUGACCAAGGUUACCCCGGCAGCAGUUUGCCACACUAAUAAAAGUGUCUGGAAGCUCAAGGCCACUGUGGUUCACGAACUCAUUUUUCUCUGAUUCUGGUCACAAACUGAACUGGACAAGGGCCAAAUCAAAUUUCACCGUAAGGUCAACAUUGAACCUAAUGUUGAAUUUGAUUCAGUUCUCAUCCAAUUCAGUUAGCAACCAGAAUCAUGAAGAGAAUUGAAUUUGUGAAUUGAGGUACCACUGUGUAUGUUUUUCUGUCAUUAGGGGGAAAAACACAGGAAAUAAACACAGCAGAACACUGUCAGUAGGUUUGUAUGUUUAUAUGAUAAGAUUACAAGUGUUUUUGUUUUCCAAACUUUCCUGUAUUUCUCAUUGUUCUUUAAUGAACAUGACUGGUUAUUUUUGGCCAAGACAGGUCUUUAAACAUUCAAGGGAAAGUACCUGCCCACAUAAAACCUCCACCGAGGUACAGAUUGUGUAGAACUGCACGUUUCCAUACUGUUAGAGCCAGUGACCAAAGCACCUGGUCACUGCAUACCCACUACCCACUUUCCUUGGAGGUUUUGGUGGGGAGAGGGGAAUUAAGAAGAGAAAUACUGGGGGCUGGGGAUUUAGCUCAGCGGCAUAAGCGCCUGACUUGAAAGCAGGCAGUCGUGAGUUCGAUCCCCGGUACCGAUAAAAAGGAAAAAGGCAAAAAAAAAAAAAAAAAAAAAAAAAAAAAAAAGAGAAAUACUUGCUUUUGGGUUUGUUUGUCUUUAACAUAGUGCUGGGGAUUCAACCAGCACUAUGUAGUAGACAAGACUCUACCAAUGAGCCUCACUCCUCCCAGUUCCUGCUUCAGAGAUUUAAAAUGCAGUGGGCAUAGAUGUACAUGCACAUCAUCCAUCACUGUCGGGGGUGCUGAAGCAGGAGGAUUGCAAGUUCGAGCCCAGCCUGGGCAACUUAACUAUGUAAUAUGACCCUGUCUUAAAACAAAAAAAUAAAAAAAUGGCUGGAGAUAUGUAGUUCAGUGCAGAGGCCCUGGGUUCAGUCUCUAAUAACACAAAAACAAGUAUUUGAAGUCCAGCCAGGAGGAUAUGGAGCAUUUGAAUGAAGUCUAGAAUCAUCCUUAGUACUACAUUAAAAAAAAAAAAUUAGAGGGCAAAGGAUGUAGCUCAGCAGUACAGUGCCUGCCUAGCAAGUGCAAAGGCAAAGGCCCUAAGUUCAAUUCCUGGUAGCAGAAAAGAAAAAAAAAAAAAAGGAAGAAAAAAAUGUAUAAAAUCAGUGUGUUUUUAGGAAGGAAAUUUUAAGAAUUGUUUCAAUUUUGAAGACUUUGGAACUUAAAUAUGUACUGUUUCUAGACAACUUAUUUUUCACCCCCAAAUUUCUCUUACCUAGACACCUAGUGCCAUCUUUCAUUUUGUAUACUCUUAAUAUAUUUGCUGGGAAGUGUCUCAAAAAUUCUGAUGAAAAGCACAACAAAAUAAAAAUUGGUUAUUAUUAGCAAGUAUAAUACUGCCUUGAACAUGUAAUACUUUUAUGUAAAGCAUAUGAAGUUCCAAAUAUAUAAUUUAAUGAAUUCCAGUGUGUUCACACUUUGACAGAUGAACAGUCCUGUUUUUAAUCAAUAAACAAACUUUAUGAAAAGAAAAUAUUUGCAAGGUAUACAUUUGAUAAGAGGCAGAGCUCCAAAAUACAUAAUGAACUCAAACAACUCAGUGGCAAGAAGUGAAGCAGGGUGUGUAGCUCAGGCGUAAAGCAUUUACCUGGUAGUGUAUGUGAGGCUCCAGGAUGGAUCCCCAUCGUGGAAAAAAAGAGGAAGAGGAGACUUUAACAGACAGUUCUCAAAAGAAGACAUAGAAAUGACCAACAGUUCAUGAAAAAAAAUACAAUCAGUUUUAAGGGAAAUGAACUUAAAAUGACAAUGAAAUCUCACCUGUCACCUGUAGAAUGACUGUUACUAAAUAGAUGAGGGCUGGCAGUGUAGCUCAGGGGCAGGUGCUUUCUUAGCAUAUGCAAAGCCCUGGGUUCAAUCUCUAGCCCAUCCCCCACUCACACGCACACAGGAGAUUAUAGGUCUUGGCAGUGGAACCCUUAUAAACUCUUGGUAAAAAUAUAAACUAAAAAUGAAGCUGUUAAAAAAAACUAUGGAGAUUUCUCAAAAAACUGAAAAUAAGCUACCACUUGACCAGUAAUCGAUAGUCAUGCUCCCAUGUUCAUUGCAGCAGUAUUCACAAUAGCUAAGAUAUGGAAUCAACCUAGGUGUUUGUUAGUGGGUGCAUGUAUAAAGAAACUGGUAUGUGUAUGUACAAGGGAAUACUAUAUAGCCUUUAAAAAGAAGGGGAUUCUGUUCUCUGUGACACUUGGUUGAAGUGGGCAUUAUGCUAAGUGAAAUCAGAGGCAUAGAAAGUCAAUAUCAUGUUUUCAUUUACACAUGGAAGCUAAGUAAGUUGACCUUGUAGAAGUACAGUACAGUGAUAGUGGGUCAGCAGAGGCUGAUGGAAGGAGGAGGGAAUAGUGAGAUUUUGGCCAAAGGAUACAAAAUUUUAUUAGACAAAAGGAAUAUGUUUUUGAGAUUUAUUCUACAGCAUGGUGACUGUAAUUAAUAGUUACCUAGACGUGGUGCUGAAUGUCUGCAAUCCCAACACUCUGGAAUGAUUAGUUUUAAGCCUGGCUGAGUAGUUUAGGGACUGGGAAAGACCCUGUCUCAAAGUCAAAUGAAUGUGCAAAUGAAUAAAUCGAGUUGAAUAUGAAGCUCAGUGUGAAAACUCCAAGUUCAGUCCCUAGUACCACCAAAAAUAAAUGUAUUUUUCUGAAUUGCUAAGAGUAAAUUUCAGAUGUCUUGUAGAAAAAACAAUUCGACAUGAUGGGUACAGCAAUUACCUCCAUCAUUCUAUACUGUGUACACAUGUGUAAAACAAAACAUUGUGCUCCAUAAAUAUACAUGUUGUUACUUGUAUUUUUUUUUUUUUUAAGUAGUAAGUGAAGACCUAGGUUCUAGAUCAAACUGGUGGAAUGUGUGUCCGGGGGUGCAUCGUGAAAGUGCAGUCCUGGCACCUAUGUCUGUUCCUGGCCCCUUCUUCUCUGGCACUGUUUCUACUCUGCUUUCUGGUUGGCCAUAAAUUAAGCAUCUUUACUUUGCCACAUCCUUCAACAACGAUGUUCUUGACUUGGAGCCCGCUAACCAUGGACUGAACUGCCUAAAACUAUGAGCCAAAGCAAACUUCUUUCUAUGGGUUGUGGGUAUUUUGUGUUGUGUCUAGCGAUAGGAAAGCUGGCGAACACCCUAAUCAAACAUUACUUGAAUGCUUUAUUCUGGUGGUUCCCCCACCUCAACCUUUCUGUUUUUGAGAUACAAGGUCUUGCUCUGCAGUCCAGGCUGGCCUUGAAUGACAGUGAUCCUUCUGCCUCUGUCUCUCUCGAGUGCUGGGAUUAUAACUUCUGUUUUUACUAUAUUUAAGGAUUUUGUACCAAAGCAAUGCUGUCCCGUAGAAUUUUUGAGGUCAUAGACAUUUCCUAUGUUUUUGCUGCACAGUAAUUAGCCAUAUGUGGCUAAUGAACAUGAAGGGCAAGCAAGUCAUAGAAUUUUUUGUUGGAUUUGAUUUAAAUUUGAAGUUAGUGACCUACUGUAUUAGAUAGUGUUGAGUUACAGUCAGUUUAUCUCUUCUCCCUUGUUUUGGCAGAUAUAAACAUGUUCCCACCUAGAAAUAUGUAGUGCUGAGAUGGAUGUGACCCUUACUACUCUGAUGUCUCCUUGGUGUACCUCUUAGCUUAUCUUCUCCUGGUACAGUAGCUUAGGGAUGAUCUUUACCCCUACUACUUUUAAUUACCAAAAAUAAACUGGGCAUGGUGGUGCACGCCUGAGAAGCUGAGGCCUCUGGAUCACCUUGAGUUUGAAGGCCAGCAGGAGCUACAUAGUGAGACUCUGUCUCCAAAAAAAAAAAAAAAAGUAAUAUUCUUUGCUCUUAGCUGAGUUUUCUAAUGUGUCAAAGAUAAUAUUAAGUAUUUUAAGGUUCACAGUAAGCCAGCAAAUGAGAUAAUGUAUAUGAAGGUCUUAGCUUAGGAACUAUCACAGUGUAUAAUAUGGAAAAAUUACAAAUUAUAAUUAUUGUUAACCAUGGUAGAUUUGUGCUCAGAUAUUGGCUGUUUGUAUUCUCCAUCAGCCAUUUAUCUCAAAUAUGUAGCAAUUUAAAAGACUAGAAAAGGCUUUCUCUCUCAUUCUCUUAGUUUGUCUCUCUGUCUUAGUCUUUCUUUCUUUCUUUCUUUCUUUCUUUCUUUCUUUCUUUCUUUCUUUCUUUCUUUCUUUCAUACUUAAAAUAAAUCCAGGGCCUUCACACUGAGCUACAUCCCAGCCUUUUUUAUUUUUUAUUUUGAGAUAGAAUCUUACCACAUUGCCUAGUGAAUCCUCCUGCCUCAGCCCACCAGAAUACUGUGUUAUAGGUAUGUGCCAUUAUACCCCGCAGAUCCCACCCCACCCCCCGAAUUGUAAUUCAAACUCAGGACCCUGCACUUGGCUGGCAGCUGCUGAGCUCUAUCCUCAGCACACUCUGCAGAUUCCUUUUAAAGGAUGUUCCUAAUUGUUUACAUCUUCCAUGUGCCUAUGUCUUUACUCAUUGUGUAUUUUGAAUAUAGUUAAAGGAAGUUAUCCUAACCAGUGACUUAGAGCAAACAAAUUCUCUUGGCUUUUGUUAUCCAGAGAAAUACCGCAGUAGUAGAAACACUUAUCACACUUCUCCAGAACCCUUUAGUAGCAAAUUAAGCAUGACUAUGAUCCAACCUCAAAGCCCUUAUUAUAUUACUCCAACGCUUCCUAUUGUCUUAGUAAUUUACUGGUAACGCUUUCAUUUUGUCUUACUGUUUUUUAGUCAGCAGUGUACAUACGCUAAGCUCUCUUUCACAGAUAUAGAAGCUAAAGCAGAAAUAUGAGCCAGAGUUUUCCUCUAAAGUGAGAUAAUGGGAUCUAAGUUGGGACCAGCCCACCUCCUGGAGCCCUGUGCUUUUCAGAUGGGCUCCCUUGGAAGCAAAAUGAGGCUUCUCUUGCUCUCUUGGCUUUAUGUAGCCAGAGCAGCUCCACCUAUUAUCUGUUUUAUGUUGAACUUCUGUGUAAGAGUUUUGAAGAAAUGGUCUCCUGAUUGGAAAAAGAGCAGUUGUUGGUGAUACGGAGAAUCAGCUUGGGGCUGGGGCUCUGUGCUUGCUGCCAGCUGGUGGGCACCUUUACCCAGGCACCCUUCUCCCCGUGGGAGCAUGAGCCAGACAUUUGUGGUCCAGCUGAACCUCUCCACUUCCCCUUUUCCUUUUAUCUCUUUCCCUCUUAAGAUUUCUCUUUGGAAGGAAAAGAGUGGGCCUGAUGCAUGAUAGUGGCAGUAGGUGUUUAAAUUUUGUUUUUUUCUAUUUUUUUAAAAAUGUAUAUUGCUUCAAUUAAGAUUGGUUGUUUUGCUAUCAAGUCCUCUAAGUUAUUGGUUCUUUUUUUUUAAAGGAACAAUGAAAUACUUUGUUGGUUACAGGGACUCUUAAGCGUCUUGUAAAUGAGGUUGUUUGCUCCAGGUAGUGUUCAGAAUCUGUAACCCAGCUCUGCCCUGCUCACUUCCGAUCCCCAAGGCCUGUGUGAGCAUCUGGACCAGGGUUUGUCUUCAUGUCUUUGUUAUUCAUGCCAUGAGAAAGUUAAUAAUUCUUUUUGACUGUUCACAUUCUCUUCCUUACUUUUUGAGGGGCCACAAUCUAUCUGUUAAUUUUAUUUUGUUUUGUUUUGUGUUUUUGUCUUUUUGAGACAGGGUUUUGCUAGGCAGUUCAGGCUGGCCUUGAACUCACUUUGUAGCUCAGGCUGGCCUCAAACUUGCAGCAAUCCUCCUGCCUCUGCCUCCAAAGUACUGAGAUUAUAGGUGUGGGCCACCACUCCUGGCUUCUAUCUACUAAUUCUUGUUCAAAAUUAUUUCAGUUCCCCUUCAAAAUGUAUUUACUAUAAUAUGAUUGUCAUUUGAUUAAAUGGAGAAUAUGCCUUCUUUUUUUUUUUUUUGGUACUGGAAAUAAUAAUCGGGACCUUGUAAUUGUUAGGCAGGUGCUGCGCCACUGAUUUAUAUUCCUGGCCCUCAUCCGCCAAAUAUUUACUUAGAACAACCCAGUUCUGCCUUGUACUAGACAAUAUUAUGAUCUUUUUUGUUUGUUUGCUGAGACAGGGUCUCCCUUUGUAGCCCAGGCUGAACUCAAACUCUUGGUGAUCCUCCUCUCUCAGCAGGCGUUUGCCAACACUCCUGGCUUGGCUUUUACUUUUAAAAAUUGCCUUCCUUUUAUUUGGAGAUACUCAUUUUCUUUAGGAAAAAACCCCACUAGUUUUUAACAUGAAGAGAAAAAAGGGAACAAAGAUAUAGGGAAAAUAAUUCAUUCUAGUUAAAAGUAAAGCGUUCCUUACCACAGAGAUAGAUGAGAAGGAACGGAUGCAAAGGCUUUAACAAUUCAGAAUCAGAGCUUUGCUUCUAGUUACAAGCAAGAAAUAAAAGAUAAGGGUUUUUUUUGGUACCUGGGAUCAACAACCAUGCGCUUGCAAGGCAGGCACUUAUACCAUUAAGCUAAAUCCGCAGCCCAAUAAAAGAUGUAUUAAAGAUGAUUUUUCUGGGGGGGUAAUGGAAAGACAGUUAUCCUAACAACUGAGACCAACUAUCUUGCCGUAUUCUGGUUCCUUCCUUUCGCAUUCUCCCCACCUGCCCCUCCUUCCCUCCUUUCCUUUUCCUCUCUGUCUCUCUCCCCUCCUAUCUCCUCUCUUCUCUUCCUUUUCCUCUUCCUCUUCUUCUUUUUCCUCUCUUUCCCUCUUCUGGUAUUGAUUAUACCCAGGGCUUUAUUUAUGCACUCUGCCACUCAGCUAAAUGUCUGGUCCAUUGCUUUUCUUUUUUUUUUAUUUGUACCAGGGAUCAAACUCACGACCAUGCGCUUGCAAGGCAGGCGCUUAUGCUGCUGAGCUAAAUCCCCAGCCCCUCUGGCCCAUUUCUUACAUGUAUAGUUUAGUUCCUAGGGAAACUGGGAGACAACAGGCUUCUACUUUUUUGAAUAUAAUAUUGCCUACGUCCAGCUUAGUGGGACACUAAGCAAUCUGGGAGGCUGAUGCAAGAGGACCAUUGCUAGUUAGAGGCCAGCUUGGGCUGCAAAGUGAGUUCAAGUCCGGUCUGAACUGUACAGUGAAACCCUGUCUUAAAAAGAGAAAAAGGCUUCUUCCGGCUGACGGGCCAUGGAGGCGGCUGUGUAGGUUGAAGGAGGUCGACUGUGGGGUUUGUCUGUGGAGAGAUUGAAAUCAUGGCAGAUCUAGAAACUGAUGCCCAGUUCCAGUUCACUGGCAUCAAAAAAUACUUCAACUCUUACACUCUCAAAGGUAGGAUGAAUUGUAUACUGGCCACAUAUGGAAGCGUUGCUCUGAUGAUCUUAUACUUCAAGUUAAGGUCCAAAAAACAACUGGCUGUGAAAGCAGCAUGACUGAGUUGAGGACCAAACACAGGACAUUGUGCAUGCUGAGACUUUACAGUGUCUGACUUCAUCUGUUAAAUUCCCAUGCCUGGAGGAGCUAAUGUCAACUCAUCAUGUAAUAGUCAGUUUAUACAAUAAAUUAUGAACCUGGAAAAAAAAGAGAAAAAAUACUAUUAAAUAUGAACAGAGAACCACAUGAUUUUUUUUAGGAAUUAAAAAAUAGAAUAAAUAAUGCCAUUCAAUAAGUCAAAGAGAUAAGAGUUGAAGAGCCCCCUCCCCCCAUUACAGGGAGAAAAAAAAGAUAAGAAAAUUAAAAGAUGAAUCUAAGAAAUCUGUUCUUUUUAUUAAUAAGAGAAAAUACUCUUAGCUGGCACAGUGGUGUCUGCACCGCUGUAAUUCCAGCACUGUGAGAGCCUGAAGCAGGAGAAUCACAAGGCUGAGCUGAGCCUGGGCAACUUGGCAGCUUAACAAGACUUGUCUCAAAAUAAAAACUAAAAUGAAACUGCCUAGUGUGGUGGCCCACGGUACCUGUAAUCCCAGCAGUCUGGAGGCUAAGGCAGGCAGAUCUCUGUGAUAGGCUGCCAAGUGAGUUUUAGCCCGAAGUGCAUAAUGAAGCCUUGUCUCAAAAGGACAAAAAAUAAAUAAAAAGACAAAAAAUAAACACACAAAAGAAUAUAAAGGUGCUGGGGGGGGGGUAGCUCAGUGGCAUAAGCACCUGCCUGGCAAGCACAAGGUCCAGAGUUUGAUUCCUGGCACACACACACACACACACACACACACACACACACACACAAAGUAGGGGAGAGGGCAGGGCAUGUAGCUUAGUGCAGAAGCCCCAGGUUCAGUCCUCUGCAGCGAGAGAGAGAAGGGUGGGGUGGGGUGGAGAACAUAUUCUAGAAUUCCACAUGGGUUUCCUGAUUGAAAGAGCCCAUUGAGCACCCAACACAAUGAAUGAAAAAAACCCACUUCAAAGGUAUCAUGCCCAGGGUUUAGAAUACAGAUAAUAAAAGGAAGAAUCUAAGCACUUCCACAGAGAAAAACUGAUUCGUACAAAUAUUUGAGAAUCACAGUGGCAUUAGAUCUCAACAAGCUCUGGAAGUUAGACCAUUGGAGCAGAACUUUCUGAGAAAAAAGGGGUUUUGAUGGGGAGAGGAAGGAGAAGGAGAGGAGAGAGACAGGAACUGACUGAAGUAGUCAGGGCUUUCCAGUGCUGAGCAGCUGUUCCUUCACAGAACUGUGUCCCUGGACGCCUCAGAGUUCUUUAUCCAGACAAAAUGAGAGUAGAACCAAGACAUUUUUAGCCAUGGUCUCGAAACAUUUAUGUUUCACAUAUUCUUCCUCACAAAGCUACUGGAGGAUGGAUCCCAUCAAAACAGGAGCUUAAACAAAAAACAAAGUUAAAAUAUAAAAGAAGCCAUGAUAUUCAAAAGAAAGAGUAGAAAGGUAACAAGUUGUAGGAUGAUUGACUUUUGUAGUGCAAGAGAGCAAGUAGGAGAGAUGUUGGGAAGGAAACAUGAGGAAAGGAGUUAGAAAGUUCCUGAUGUGCUUGGCAGGGUGGAAAUCCAUAUGACAGUUCUUUUGGAGGCUUUGGGAAAAAUUAUUGGUAGCUAUUUAAUAAUAAACAAAUGCAAGAAGAGGCAAAAAAUCAUAGAAGAAAUAAAUUGCAGAGUGUGUGGCCUCUUAGUGAUGAAUAAUGUCAUGCCGAGUCUUGCUUUUUUCCUCCUGAAUAUGGAUCUCACCCAAAUUCAUCUUACAACAGUAUUAAAAGGAAAAUAAUAUGGGUGUUGCCUCUUAAGCCUCCAUAGUGGAAGGUCCAUAGUGAAGAUCAGAGAUAGUGCUGUAAGAAUGAUAGCUAUGGCCGGGGAUUUAGCUCAGUGGCAUAGGUGCCUGCCUUGCAAGGGCAUGGUCGUGAGUUCAGUUACCUGGUACCAAAAAAACACAAAAGAAUGAUAGCUAGAUGCACACAGAUGAAAAUAAGACACAGCAGAAAGCCGUGCGAGUGUUAUUUCCUGCAGAGGAGGAGUCAGUGUUGUUUGGGCAGGGUAGGCAGGGACUGCAGGAACUGUUAUUUCUCAUUCUGUGUUUGUUUGAAGCUAUGUAAGUACGAGACAUGAAAACUAUGAGGCUUGGGCCAUGUGUUAGCACUGGAGGUGGACAGGACUAGCCAGAGUCUGAGUAAUUUUGAAAGGGCAAUGGGAUUUCCUGACAGAUUAGGAUUUAGGAUAUCAGCACAAGCAAAGGUAGAGUGAGGGGGUUUUUGACUUGAAUAAUUGGAAGAAUUGUAUUUCCAAUAACUAACUGUACUGGGAAGACUUGUUGAAGAACAGGUUUUAAAAAUGGGAGAUCAGGGGAUAGCAAGUUAGCAAUUAUAAAUGUGUCUGGAAUUUAGACAACAAGUUCAGGAUAGUUUGCCUUUUAAUAGUGGGGGGUCUUGUGUAACCUCUGUAACCUCAGUUUUCUCUGAAGUAGGGAGUAAUAAUAAUAGAGGGUACUAGGUUGGUGGGAAGAUUAAAUGAAAUAAUGAACAUAAAGAGUUCAUUGCAGUGCAAAGGCAUUAAAUCUGCACCCUCCCAUUGAUAAUGGAGCGUCAACCCAGGGCCUUUGCACUGAGCUACAUCACCAGCCUUUUUUGUGUUGAACAGAGUGUUGCUGUUGGUACCAGAGAUCGAACUCACAGCCUUGUGCUUGCCAGGUAGGCACUAUGCCACUCGGCUAAAUCCCGGGGCUGUUUUUGUUUUUAAAAUAGGCUGGCCAUGUACGCCAGGCUGGCCUAGAACUGACUGUGUAGCCCAGCCCUCUGGCCUCAGCCCUUCUAUUAUUUACCCAUAGUUCUGGAGUCACAGCUGUGAGUCUCCACUGUCAGUUUGAAGUUUAAGGAUCCAGUCCUGACCCUGCCAUUUGCUAGUUGUGUGUUCUUGGGCAAGCCACUUAACCUCUCUUCAGUGCCCUUAAAAAGGUGAGAAAAACAGUACCUAUCACAUCGUUUUUUUGUAAGGAUUAAAUGAGGUAAGCACUAAAAGUUUUUGUUUCUGAUACAUAAAGUGCUUAGUAAGUGUUCUGUAUGGCAUUCAUUCUUUAUGCCCCCUCCUCUCUUUCUGAAACAAGAUCUCUGUGUAAUCUAGGCUGUCUUCAAAUUUGCCAUGUUUAACUGGCAAUCCUCCUGCCUCAGCUUUCCAAGUGCUGGGAUUUCAACUACACACUGCCUGGUUUAUCUGUGAACUUCCUCAACAAAGGACCAUUGUGUUUAUUUCUUUACUGCCCCCUUAAUUCCCUUUGCCUGGCACUAUUCUUAAUAUAUAUGUGACAAGCAAGCAGUAAAAACAAAAAUAAAAAAACCAAACAAAACCAAAACAAACUAGGAUGUAGGUCAUUGGUAAAGCAUAUGCCUAGAAUGCAUGAGAUGCUGAGUUUGAUCUUUCACACUGCAAACAACAACAAAAAGAUUUAAUUCUUCCACAUGUGUUGGUGCAGACCUGUAAUCCCAGCAUCCAUGAAGUUGAGGCAGGAGUGUCUCCACAAAUUCAAAGCUAGCUUGAAGUAUGUAGUUAGAUUCUGUCUCAACAGCCCUGGCCCCCCUAAAAUUGUAUUUUCCUAUGGAGAUUCCAGUAUUACAGUAAUUACUUGAUAUAUGCGCAUUAAAAGAAAAAUUUCUUUUGUCUGUCCAUUUCUUUCUCUUUGGGAGAGGGACAAGUAAUCAUUGUGAGAAUAUUUUUACAUGAGUGUAUGUUCAUAUAAAUUUCUAUUUUGGUGUAAGUUUAUAAGUAAUGUUAUAAUAAAGAAUAAAUUUGAGGGGCCGGGGGUUUAGCUCAGCAGUGUAAGUGCCUGCUUGGCAAACAUGAGGUCAUGAGUUCAAUCCUUGCACCUAAAAAAAAGAAUAAAUUUGAGGAAAAGGAAACUUUUCAAGAUGUGGGGAACACAAUUUAGAUGCUUUGGUUUGCUUUGGUUUCUAAAUUCGCUGAAUUUUUUUAAAACGUGAUUUUGAUAAUUUUUAUAGUUACUGCUUGGCUUCCGAUUUUUUUUGUUAAAAUAGUUACAGAAGGAAUUCACUCUUUUUUUUUUUGUCUUUUUCCUUUUUGUUGGUACUAGGGAUCGAACUCAUGACAGCCUGCUUGCAAGGCAGGCGCUUAUGCCGCUGAGCUAAAUCCCCAGCCCCUAGGAAUUCAUUCUUCACCUCAGUUUAAUUGCAGUUGUUAUUCAAGCUAGAGAAUGUAUUUCAUUCCUCCUAGAAGUCUAGGGUGUUGGGAUAUUUAUUAAAUGGAUUUCUUUUUUCUCUCUGUCUGUCUGCUGUCUGUCUUUCUCUUUUCUCCCUCGCUCCCUCCCUCCCUACCUGCCUGCCUGCCUGCCUUCCUUCCUUCCUUCUGUCCUUUGUUCUUUUCUGUACCUGGGGUUCCAACCCAGGGCCUUCUACAUUCUAGAUGUCACUCUAUUUCUGAGUUACGUAACUGACCCUAAUUGUAACUUUUCAGAUUUUAGUAUUACUUCAGUAAAAAAAGUAAAAUUAAACCAAGAACUUGGUUGAUCCUCUUAUUAUGUGUAGUACUACUGACACAAUUUGAUUGUCAAGCACUGCUAAUUCUGCCAUUGGUGAUGUUAAGCUUGGGCUAUAAAAAUUGUGGCCAUCCAGGUGUGGUGGCACAUGCCUGUAAUCCCAGCACUCAGAAGGCUGAGGCAGAAGAAUCAUGGCAAAUGCAAGGCCACCCUGGGAUACAUAGUGAAAUUGUCUCAAAGAAGACCCAAAAAAAAAAAAAAAAAAAAAAAAAAGGCAGAAAACAAGAUCUGGGCCAGCUCAGUUCAGUUUCACCUGAUGUGAGGCUCUAAUGGUUAAUGUCUGUUCAGCUGAAUUUUUUCUUCUGAGUUCUCGUAUCUAGGACCUAGCAUAACCAGUUUUCUGUGAUGUAAUGGUUCCAAAACAUGUUUGAACUUCAGCAAGCCUUACCCAAGGCUGUUACUGCCUUUUUAUGGGUCUAAAUUCAUGAUUCUUUUGAAACUUGAAAUUUGUGCCAUUGUACAUUCUCUUCUCCUUUUAAAAAAAAUACUGGUUAAGUCUUUCUAGUUGGAGUGUUGGCAUUUUUGCUUUAUUUGGGAGUAAAAUGAAAAGCAUUUCAUUUUAGCCACAUGCGGAAGCUUAGUAGAGUCUGGUGGAGUAUGUUUUAGAUCCCUUCCAAAAUUGUGAGAGGAAAUUGACCAAAAAAUAUAUGUAUAUAUCAGAAGUUACCCUCACCCCCACCCCCAGGAUUGAACCCAGGACCUUCCCACUGGGCCACAACCAACACCCCUACUUUUUUUUUUUUUUUUAAAGACAGGUUGCUAAUUUUUUUUUUUUUUUUUUUUUUUUUUAAAAGACAGGUUGCUAAAUUGCUCACACUGAACCCAAACUUGUGAUCCUCCUGUCUCAACCUCGUAGUUUGGGACUGUAGGCUUCACCACCAUGCCCAACUAUUUUAAAACUUAUUUUGUUUUCUGGAAAUUGUCAUUGCUCUAACCUUUAUUUUAUUUGUUUGUUUUUUGCAGUGUCUGGGAAAAACCUAGAGUCUUGCAUAUGCUAGGCAAGCACUUUCCUUUUGAACCAACCCCUGGGUUCACUAUAAAACCCCAUUCUCCCUUUUUUACGAGACAGGGUCUAGCUGGGUAGUUCAGGCUGGUUCUGGACUCACUAAGUAGCACAGGCUGGCCUCAAACUUAUGGUGCUUUUUCUGAGUGCUGGGAUCACCCAUGCUUGGCUUGCUGUAACCUUUGGAGUCAGCCAUUUGUCUGGAAAGACCAGCACUGGUUAGAAGAAACUUACAAUGUGGAUGCUGCUUAUCACACAAAAGUGGUAGCAGAAGAGCUUGUGAAGCACAUCAGUGAAAUUUUCAUUGAUUCAUAGAUGAGUGUUUUUUGUUAUAGGUCUGUGUGGGUGCUAGGGAGUGAACCUAGGUCACUGCUGAGCGUGUGUUUUAUCACUGAGCUAUAACCCUUCCCAGUAUUUUUUUAAAUGAAAUUGUUACUGAAGUGCUGGUCGUUUUUUUUUUUUUUUUUUUCUUAUUGUCAUGGGGCACAACAUAGGCUUUGAAUCCAAAUGCCUAGGUUCCAGUAUUCUCUUCAGUCAUCGUUAAGUCACUUCAGUCUACUGAACCCCAUUUUCCUAUAUGGUAACAUGAAGGCAAUUUCUUCUCAGGUGAUACAUACAGAGGGCUAAUCAUAGGUGAGCAAUACUUAAUAAUUUUCCUGACAUCUUUGGUGCAAUGGCCACAAAACUCCAGGUGCAAGUCUAACAGCGUUAGUGUUGUGUUUUGUUUUGAAUCAGGAUGAGAGCAACUCAAGGUGUUUUAUCCUCCAUGCCCUUUUCUUCUCUUUGCUGUUUAGGUAAUAAACAUUUGGGGAGGGUUGACACUUAAAACUAACUCUGAACUGUAUACAAAACUGUGAGCUCAAUAAAUAUUUGAUGAAAUAUGAAUGCCGUGCAGAAACAUGUUAGUGUCAUUUCCCUUGUACUUAUUUAGAAAGAGUCAAAGCCCCAAAACUACCGUAGAUCUGUGAACACUGUAAUGCAGGUUAGCGACCUGUACAAAUUUUUUUUUGUUAUGUACAUAUAUUUAGCUCCCCGUAGCUAUCACAAUAAAUUACCACAAACCUAGGAGUUAAAAACAACCCAGAUUCACUCUUUCAUAGGUCUCCUGGGGGUGGUCAGAUGUCUACAGGGUUUCGUUCCUUUCUAAGGCUCUUUCCUUCAUUCUUUUCAGCUGUGAGUGGCUGCUCACAUUGAUUGGCUGUAGCCUCCUUCCAUUCUCACAGCCAGCACUGGUGCCUUGUGCCUCUGUCUCCCUCUUCUGCCUGCAAGGAUUGUUAUGGUACAGAGACCCAGCUUAAUGAUUCAGGAUAAUCUAUUUUAAAGUUAGUGGACUAGCAACUUUCUUCUCCCCCUGCCCCCUUUGCUUUCCAGUAUCACUUAAAGAUUAUUUCAUAAUUAAAUAUCAGGAGAGCUAAACUUUUCUUUUUAAUGUAAUUUUCUUCCUGUGCUCCAUUCCCCAUGUUGAGAUUUCUGGCCGAUAAUAGAGUUGAAGAGAGAUCCUGUCUUAGAAUACAAAUUUCAAGUUUUAAUUAAAUUCAGUUUUUGUGUGUGUGUGUGGGGGGAAGGUUCUCUUUUGAGAGAGGGUCUCACUACGUAGUGUGGGCUGGCCUUGAACUCACUUUGUAGCCCAAGCUGGUCUCAAAUUCACAGUGAUCCUCCUGCCUCAGACUCCUAAGCGCUGUGAUUAUAAGCAUGUGACUUCAAUAAAUAUUUUUUUAAAAUUAUGGACUGCUUCAUGAAUUUUCAUGUUAGUGGUUGUGUUGGGGCUGUGCUAAUCUCCCCCAUAUCCCCAAGUUUUGUAUAUGUGCUGCCUAAGUGAGCACAAAAAUUCAGUAAACGUUACUGAACACUGUGAACAGGCAGUGUUUAAGUAUAUAGAGAGAUGCCAAACUACACAGUAGUGUAGUAUUUUGUAGUGUAGGUUGCUGACUUCUGUAAUAGGCUGUUCAAAAUCUCACUGGUUUAAAGGCUUACUCCUGUGUCACUUAAAUGCACAUUGUAUGGAGAUGAAAGGGGAGCUCUUUUUCAUCCAGGAUAAACUCUGUCCAUUGGAUCUUCUUUUUCUUGAGACAGGGUCUUGCCAUGUAGUCCAGGCUGGCCUCGACUGGUGAUCCUUUGGCCUCAACCUACUGAUUGCUUGUUAGAUUACAGGUUUGUGCUGCCACACCUGGCUCCAGCAGAUCUUCUGCAUCUGCUGGCAGAUGAAAAAAGUGUAUGGAAGAGAGUGUUGAAGUUUAAUGUGACAGAGCCCAUUCAUUCUGUUCCUGUACUGCUGAGCUAGAACUCAGUUUUAUGGUCAUAACUCACUAUAAUGAACACUGGGAAAUAUAGUCUACUUCAUAAGGAAAAGGGAAAUAAUUUGAAGAAUAAGUAGACAUUCUUUUCCAUGCAUGGAUACUUAAGAACCUAAUUUAGUAAAAGAAAUAAAUACACAUUAAACUUGAUUUAGAAGAUAGGCUUGAUAAAUGUUAUGAAAGAGAUUUCAAAAUAGACUGGUAUGAGUAUCUAUGGAAGAGGAGAAAGAUUAAUUUUGAUUGGAAGGAUCAGAGGAAUAUUUGAAAUUAUGUCUCCAGAUUACAGAUUAUUAUAAACAACCCCAAAGAUGAAUUUUAGGAAUUUAGUGAUUUAAUAUGUAGCAGUGUCAGGCAUAGUAAAUGCUGUAUAAAUGCUUGUUAUUAUUCGAAGGUGUUCUUGAGUUGCGUUUUUAAGAAGUAGUGAAGCUUUGAAAAAUGAAUACUAGAAACAAAGACUCAUUCUAGCAACAAUGUGAAAAUGAAUAAUUCAGGUUAUAUUUAGGAGUGGCAAGUUGCAUAACUAAAAUAUAGAGAAUGCAGGUGUAUAUAUAAGGAGAUAAGAUAAGUUUGAGUGAGACCUUUGAAUAACAUGCUGAGGAAUUUGGACUUUAAUUACAAUCUGUGUGAUCUGCCACAAAACCUUCUUCAGUAGCCAAUAGCUUUGUAGAGAAGAGAUCUAUGUCUUGUCUUACUCAUCUUUAUAUCCUUUUUAUAGCUAUGAGAUAUAAUGUCACGUGAUUUAAUAUCACAAAGUCUGGGGCCCACUGUCACCUGUUAUUUAUUUAUUUAUUGAGUCAAUGUCCUGCUGUGUAGUGGAGGCUGGCCUUGAAUUCUCUUAUGUAGUCCAGGUUGGCCUUGAACUCACUGUGAUCCUUCUGCCUCAGCCUCCCAAGUGCUGGGAUUACAGAUAUGAGCCACCAUGCCCAGCUCUCACUGUGCUUUUUUUAACUAUUAUGACUUGGGGCAAGAAGUUUAAUUUCUGCAUGUCUCAGGAUCUUUAUUGAUAUGAUUGAGGUUAUAAAGGUACCACUUUUCUGGGUUAUUGUAAAUAUUAAAUGAUUUAACAGAUUAUGAAAUGUUUAGAACAAUACUUCAUAGUCAGUUUCAUUAAGCACUUGCUGUCUCAAAAAAACCCAAACCAAACCAAAAUAAAAAACCCAUGACAAAAAAUGAAAAACCUAAAAGCUUAAAAUACCUUUUUAAAAAAAGUUGUCUAUUAUCAUAGUUGUCAUCAUCAUCAUCAGUGCUUGGCACAUAUUAGAUGCUCAGCGAUUUCUGAGAGAUCGAGAUUGCUUUAAGUUCACCCCCCAGAUGCUUGUGUGUUUGUUACAUGUCAGGUGUUAGGAAGCAGUGGUCCAGUGGAGAAGAUAGGAGGCAUAGCUAAGCCUAGUAAAGGUGAGGAGAGCUGACUUGCGCAGUGUAGAUGGUGCCUUGGCAUUUCACAAGUAUACAAAUUCAGAAAUCAUUUAGAGGGAACCAAGUUUGUUUUGUCAGAAGAAAGUAUUUGAAUCAGGCAUCAAGGUUGGGUAGAGCCAGGCAUGGUGAUGCAUGCCUCUAAUUCCAGCAUUUGGGAGACUGAGGCAGAAGCAUUGCUGCAAGUUUGAGACCAGCCUGGGCUACAUAGUGAGUUCAAGUUCAGCCUAAACUAUGCAGUGAGACUCUGUCUCAAAAAACCAAAAACAAACAAAAUGGGUUUGGGGACCCAUUUGGGACCCCUCCUGUCUUUCAGGAACUAUUCCUGUUUCCCAUUCCUCCAUCCCUAUUCCCCAUUCCUUUUCUCCAACAAAUUAAAAAAUAAAAGGGAUGGGUAGGAUCUAACUACAUUAGGAUAAGGAGAAAGACAUUUUAGGCAAUGGAGCCAGCUUGAGAACACACAAAGUUUGGAAAAGAAUAUAGAUCUUUUGUAAAUGGGAAGGGGUCCAAGAGACUGAUGGUGAAGGGGAGGACAAGGGAAAGGAUGUAAGAAGAUUUAAGAUGUAUCAUGGACCAGACCCGCAAUGAAUGUGAACAUUAUAUAUUGUGCAAACAUGAACUAAUUUUUUUUUGGUACCGGGGAUAGAACUCAUGAUCUUGCACUUGCCAGGCAGGUGCUCACACCAUUGAGCUAAACCCCUGGCCCCUAAAAAAAAUAAUAACAAUAGUAAUGAAAAUGGGAGCUUUGUGCAUUGACAGUAUCAUAGCCAAUGAGGUUUAUCUGAAGUACAAUUAUUACUAAUUGAAAAUGGGGAAAAGGGAUCUAGAGACAGAAGGAGGCCAGUGGGGAAGGGGAAGAGAAGGGAGAUAGACAAUCAAGAUACAUGUCAUGUACAUGUACCUACUCUCUAAGAUGGAUAUAAACUUCAUGUACUGCAAGCGCAGACUAAUAAAAUUUUAAAAAAAGAAUGAUAAUCAGUGUAUUGUGCUACAGGAAAGACUGAGGCAAAUGAAGUGUCUGAUCAAAGUCUAAUUUACCAAUAGUACCAGUUUCCUGUUGGGCUUAUUUUAGAGCCAUGAUGAGUUGUCUUUUGUCUAGAUUAGAAAGAGCCUUAGCUGGGUGGCACACUCCUGUAAAACCUGCACUUGGAGGCUGUGGUAGGAGAAUCACUGUAUGUUCAAGGCCAGCCUGGACUGUAUAGCAAGACCCAGUCUCAAAAAACAGAAAGAAAAGCACUAUUAUUUUUUCUGAGUCAGUAAUUCUAGCUAACUGUGGAGAUGGGGUUGGAGAAUGAGAAUCAUUCAGAAUUUAGGAAUAAUACUUUGUCUUAUUUUGUACUAAAAAAUACUUGAGGAUUCAUGUACAAUUUAGAUUUUAAUUAACAAUAGCAAUUGAAGUAAAAACUUACUGUUGAUAUUAUAUGCUUUUUUCUAGACACAUACCAAUUCCUUAUCAAGGAUGAGUAAUAUUUCCCCUUUAAAAUACAUCCUAUUUAUAGCAGUUGGCAUGAUUAACCUUUCUCAAGCUCCUCUGCCAGUAUAGAGCUAGUACCUGUCAUAGCUGGCCAGCUCUUUGACACCAGAUGGUGGUGGUGGUGGCUUGUAUAAGGAGUGAAGUGGGAGAGGUCAGGCAGAGAAGCUGCUCAUAGAAGCAGAGUAAAUGGAAAGAAAAAAGUAGAAUAUGUGACACAAUUGUGGUACAGGGACAUCAGUGGGAGAUGAGGAAGAAGGCCAACAGAAAAUUGUCGUGUGAAGCCAGCCUGCCUAGAUGUGCUGCUAUCUGUGACCCCUCUGAAAAGUGUGCUCAUGAUGAUGGGGGCCUGUGAGGAAGAGAAGCAAGGGUAUAUAUAUCAUAACCAACCAGAUUUCAACUUCUGGAAGACCCGUACUUUGAAAUACAGCCAUUGUUUUUAUAAUAGAACCUGGCUUCUUUAUAAAACAUUUUAUUAAAUAAAGUCAAAUAGUAUUUCUUGGCUUUCCAGUCUUGUACCUGCUUCUGAAUGUUCCUUCCUAUGGACUUACUUUGAUUAGCUUAUUUCGUGAUUAUUAUUUCUAAUCACAUGCUGAAUAACAUGCUAAGGAAUUUGGACGUGGAGCUGUGUGACCCACCGCAAAAACUUUUUUCAAAACCAGCAGCUUCAUAGAGAAGAUUGUAGUAAACUUUCUGCAGUGAAAGUUACAGAAAAGUGAUGUGGCCAGAAGGCAGAUAAUAAUGAGUUUAGGAAUCAAAAAAGAUAGACAGAGAAUGUAACUUAAAUUUGGUAACAAUUGAAGGGUGAAUUAGGGUGAUAUAUAAGGGAGUAGGCAAAGAAGGAUUUCUUAAAAAGCAGUGGCAAAGUUUAUUAGAAAAAGUAACAGUGAAGAGUGAAGGAGAAACUGGCUCUGCAGAGGGACUUGGGCUGAGUAAGAGGAAAAGGAAGAGGAAAGGACACUAUGGAGGACGCAGGGUGGGCUACUGUGAGGAAAGCCAUGACAGCCAGAAAGGAUUUUUUUUUAAAAUGGGGGAAACUUAAAUAUGUUUAUAGGCUGCAGGGGUAGAGCCAGAGGACAUAGAGAGGAUAAAGCAUAAUGUCCAUGGGAAAAUGUGAGGUUCCAAAGAUAAGCUGGAGCACAUUGUAUUUUUUUGUUCUUUGAGACAGGGUCUCACUAUGUAGUGCAGGCUGGCCUGGAAUUCUCUGUAUAGCCCAGGAAGGCCUCAAACUAACAGUGAUCCUCCUGCCUUAGCUUCUUGGGUGUUGGGAUUACAGGUGCAUGCCACCAACAUACUCAGCUUGUUGCGGUGUUUUAACUGCUGUGGUAAGGAAUUUUGACAAUAUUCCAUAAGCAGAAGGCAGCUAUUAAAAGGCUAUGAAGAAGGAAAUAGUGACAUAUUUUGUAUGUUGAAAAGAUAAUCCUGAUAAGAUUAUUAAUACUUAAUAAAAUAAAACACUAACCCUUACUUGAGCAUGCAUUAGAAAUUGUUAGGCAGUAUACUUGAAAUACUCCAUUUAAUCCUCAUAUCCCUCCUUUAUUUUGUGGGUGGAGCAGUUCUGAGGUUUGAGCCUAAGAUCUUCCCACUGAGCUAAGUCUCAGCCCUUUUUAUUUUGUUUUAAAUUUUGAGACAGAAUCUCCCUAAGUCCCUAAAUUUCCCAGUUUGGGAUCAAAUUUGUGAUCCUCCUGCCUCAGCCUCCCAGAGUGUACCACUAGGCCCAGCUUUUAGAAUCCUUUAAGAUAGUACUUUUAUGUCCAUUUUUGCAUGUGAGGAAAUUGAGACUUGUAAAAUUAGGUAAUUUGCUUAAUGUCUCCUAGGUGGAAAUGGAAAGACCUCUAUGCUUUAGGGCAAGGAUCAGCAAACUUGUCCUGUAAAGCACAUCACAGCAAACAUUUAGUCUUUGCAUCCAUGUGCUGUCACAGCUACUCAACAAUGUUAUUGUUACACCAGAAUGGUAAUGGGCAGUACCAUGGCUAUGUGUUAGUUAGACUUAAUUUUUAAAACAGUCAGCCAGCCACUGCUAGUGCCGAUAAUAUUUUGGAAAUUUUAAUGGAGAACCAAAUGUGACUUAUCCUAUUUAACUUUUUUUUUUUUUAAACCCAGACUAGCCUUGGGAAUUCCUCCUGUCUCAGCAUCCCACGUGCAGGGAUUACAGGCGUGCCCCACCAUACUUGGUUCCUAUGUAACUCUUAUUGCUAUGGUGAAAUAAUGAGAAUAGAAUUGUUCUUAGGCAGAAAUACUUUCUUUUCUUUUUUUUCUUUUUGGAGACAGAGUCUAUGUAGCUCAGGCUGGCCUUAAACUCACUAUGGAGCCUAGGCUGACCUUGAGCUCAUGGGGAUUCUUAUUCUUCUGUCUUAUUCUCCCAAGUGCUGGGAUUACAGUGCGUGCCUUCACAUCUGGUAGAAAGAUUCUUAAAGACUAGAAACAGCAACUUCUGUAUACAGUUUAACUAUACAAAUUCUGUAUAAUACCCACUUAUCUUUUUAUUACAAUUGCCUUCCAACAGAAUGACCCUAGAAUAAAAGUUUGAGAAAGCAAGUGAGUUUGUUUUAUGUAUGCUCUUGUCCUUAAUGCCUUCUAUAUACAUAGCAGCCGCUCAAUAGAUAAUCGUUUGAUAAAUGAAUGGCAUAAUGACUCAUAAUUGUGUGAAUGUUUAGAGAAGAUACCAGUACUCAUUUAAAAGAUACUAGUACCAAUGUAGAUCCUCCAGAUUGAUUUCCUAUUCAUCUUGUCUGAAUUUCCUUUGUUCCAAUACAACUUCCUUUUUUUUUUUUUUUUUUUUAAAUUUUGUUUUGUUUGUGGUACUGGGGAUUGAACUCGGCCUUCCCACUGAGCUACAUCCCAACCCAUUUUUAAAUUUCAAGACAGGAUCUCAAGUCCCUAAGUUUCCCAGUUUGGGCUUGAAUUUAUGAUCCUCUUACCUCAGCCUCCCAGAGCAUUGGGAUUGCAGGUCUGCACCACCGUCCCUGGGUGCAGUCAAGAUUUCUUGUCUUAACUGAAAAUCUUAGUGCUCUGUUUGUGUACCUAUAGACCCCACACCUUGCCUGCCAGAAACAGCUUCCGCAUCCCAGAGGCAGUCCUUAACCCCUUUGUGUGGUUUAUAUUGUUCGUUAGACUUUUCUCAGUCCCACAUUCCCUCAAUUCACCCUUCCGUAUUAGGUGGUGAAUUUUAUUUCUUUUUUCUUUCCACCUUUUCCUUUCUUUUUUCUUCCUUUUCUUUCUGAUUGAACCUGUGGCCUCGUAGUGCUAGGGGAGCACCAUACCAUUGAGCUAAAUCCAUAGCCCUUUUUUAUUUUGAGACAGGGUCUUACUAAAUUGACCGUGCUGAUCUCACACUUGUGAUCCUCCUGCCUCAGCUUUCCUAGCAGCUGCAAUUACAGAUGUGUACCACUACACUUUGCUCCAGGGGGUGAGCUUCACAGUUAAACUGAUAGAGGACAGUCAAAUGUCCUCCUUUUACAAAGGAGGAAUCUGUACAGGGUGGGGAAUGUGAAGGAGAAUGGAUACAUUGAAAUCAUUGAAUACAUUGAAAUGGAUAUGUUUAUUACCUGCUACCUGGGACCAACUUUGAUUCUUUAGUGGUUCACUCCUAAAUGAUAAUUAUGAUAAUUGCUUACAUUUUAAAAAACUUUUACUAUGUGCCAGAGACUGUCUUGUGCACUUUGGGUUUAUUGUUUCAUUCAGUCUUUCUAAUAAUCUUACCUUACAGACAUCCCCACUUAACAGAGAAAAGUGAAAGUGGAAUUGGAAGCCAUUCCCUCUAAUGUCAGAGUCUUUUAACUACUCUUCUGCGUCGUUUCUUAAUUCUUCCCAAACUAGUGGUGCGUUUCAGCCUGUUGUUAGAGUCCGCACCUUGGUCUCAGUAUUACAUGGAUCUUUCCUCAGAUUCUUUUCCUUCUUCAGGUUCUCACCAAGCUUUGGGAUGAACUCACUGAAAUUCUUUAGCCCUUUUCUUUUUGUGAUUUUUGUUUGUUUGUUUUGAUAUAGGAAUUGAACUCAGGACCUUGUGCUUGCCAGGCAGGUGCUUAUGCCACUGUAUUUCCAAUCCUUGAAAUUCUAGUAUUUCCACUUUGGUUAAAAUGGGGAAGCCGCAUGUCCUAUGAACUCCAUCAGGGUCUUCCAACUGACCACACAACCUCCCUCCUCAGAUCCUUUGCACUCCACAAUAGUCUGCUGAGCUUGCAUUUGUCUGUCAGGUGCUGAGAACAAGGCAGAGAAUAGGUAGCCAUGGACUGGCAUCCCUCACUGCUCUGCCCUCACAGGCUCCAGCUGAGCUGGGACUUGGGUAUUGUAUUGGUCAGGAGACUUCCUUCUCAGCAGCCCAAAUGCCUGUUACUGGUUUAUAUGACAUAUAUUUUCCUUGUGAUCUUCAUCUAUCAAAAAUCAUUGGGGCUUUUUGUGUGUGUGUGUAUGGGUGUGGUUAAUAUUAGAGAUUGAACCUAAGCUUUUGCACUGGAACCCUCCCAUCCUGCUUUGAGGCAGGGUCUUGUUAAGUUACUUAAGUUGCCCAGGUUGGGCUCAAACUUGUGAUUAUGCUAUCUUGAUCUCUUAAAGUUCUGGGAUUAUAUAUAGUAUGCACCAUCACAUAUGACUUUAUAGUUUUUAUAGAAAAAAAAAUUUUUUUUUGAACCAGGGAUCAAACUCACAGCCUCACGUCUGCCAGAUUGGUGCUUGUGCCAUGGAGCUAAAUCCCUGGCCCAAAACAAUUUUUUUUUUGAGACAGAGUCUUGCUUUGUAGCCCAGGCUAGCCUUGAAUUUCCAGUGACCCUUUUGUCUCAGCCUUCUGAAUGCUGGGAUUACAGGCACCAAUCACUGUGCCCGGCUUUUUUUUUUUUUUUUUUUUUUAAGUGUUUUCUCUCUCUCUCCUUUCUUUUUUUUUCCUUUGGUUGUACUGGGGAUCGAACCCACGACCUCACACUUGCCAGUCAGGCACUUAUGCCGCUGAGCUAAACCCCCCAACCCAUUCUUUUUUUUUUUUUAAUCUUUGUUUUCCUUUAUGAGACUGUGUCUUGCUAUGUAGUCCAGGCUGACCUCAAACUCACAGCAAUCCUCCUGCCUCAGCCUGCUAAGUGCUGGGAUUAGGGGUGUACACCACUGUGCCUGGCUUAAAAUUUAUUUAUAAAUAUAAUCUAUUGAUUGAGAAAAAACUUCAGUGAUAAUAGAAAUGUGUGAACUAAAAAAAUGAAAACAACCUUUCUUCCUAUAGAGUACCAUUAAUACGUCUAGAUAUUUUCUGUUAAUAUAGAAAUGUAUUUUGCUACAAAUGGAAUCACACUGUAUUGUUUUGUAGUUUAUUCUUAUCAUGUAACACUAUAUGUUCCAUCUCUUUCUAUAUUAAGUGUUUCAAUAGCUAUUUUUAAUAGCUAUAUAGCAAUAUAUAUAUUGCCAUUUUGUAUUAUGAUAUGAAUAUACCAUAAAUAUUUAGACAGUCUUUUAUUGAUGGGUAUUUAGGUUUAUAUAUGCUGUGGAAAACAGAUGUUCUUUGUCUUAGUCCACUUGGGUUGCUAUAAUAUAAUACCUUAGAUUAUGUAAUUUAUAAAGAGAAAUUUACCAUUCACAGUUCUAGAAAGUGGAAAAUUCAAGAACAAGAUGCCCACAGAUUCACAGUCUCCUGAGGGCUUUCUGCUUUAUAGCACCUGGAUUCUGUGUGUUCCCUUCUUCUAGAGGCAAACUUGCUCCUCCCUCAGCUGCAGUCUUCUCUAGGGCACUAAUACCAUUCAUGAGGGCGAAGUCCUUAUGACCUAAUCACCUCCCAAGGAUCCCGCUGCAUACUGCUGUCGUCCUGGGAUUUGGAUGCACAUAGGCAUUCAUACCAUAACUUUACAAAUAUUUUUGUUCACCUGAAUCGAAUAUAUUUCUAAAACAAAUUCCUAGAAGAAUUAUUAGAGCAUUUAAAAUUUUUGCUAGAUGUACUCAGUUAUUUUUGGAAAAAGUUGUAGGGCCAGGAAUAUAGCUCAGCAGCACAGCACCUACAUUACAAGCAUGAAGUCCUGAGUUCACUUCCUGGUACCAAAAAAAAAAAAAAAAAAAAAAAAAAGAAAAAGAAAGAAAGAAAGAAAGAAAGAAAAGAAAGGAAAAAGUUGAAAUGAAAAAGUUGUACCAAGAAUUCUACAGUUUAUGUGAUAUACUUUUUCAUCUUCUGGACAACAAUGGAUAUCAUCAGUCUUUACCUUUGUUAAUUUGAUUUAAAGAGUGGCUGUUCUUGUUUGAGUAUGUAUUUCUUUAGUUAUGAAUGAAUUUGAACACAUUUGUGUUUUAUUUCAUUUAUUUAUUUUUGGUUUUUUGAGACAGGGUCUAGCUUUGUAGUGCAGGCUGGCCCUGAAGUCACUUUGUAGCCCAGAGUGGCCUCGAACUUGUAGUGAUCCUCCUGCUUUUGCCUCCCUAAUGCUGGGAUUACAGGUGUGCACCACUGUACCUGGCUUAUUUUUUGAGAUGGUAUCUUGCUGUGUAGCCUAGGGCAGCUUGAACUCAUGGUGAUUCUCCUGUCUCAGCCUCUCAAGUGCUGGGAUUGUAGGAGGGUGCUGUCACCCCCCCCCCCCAUUUUAGUAUUUUAUUAGCCACUUAUAUUUAUUUUCAGUAAACUAUAUGUAUUACUUUUGCUUAUUUUUCUGUUGGGUUAUCUUUCGUUAUUAUAUAUUUGGAAGAGUUCUUUGUGAGUUAAAGACAUUAGUCUUUUUAUUGUAGUUUAUUUUGUUUGUUUUUUUUGAGACAGUGUCUUACUAUAUAGUUCAGGCUGGUCUUGAACUCACUAUGUAACCCAGACUGGCCUCAAACUUGCUGCAAUCCUCAUGCCUCAGCCUCACAGGUACUGAGAUUAAAAGCAUGUGGCACCACGCUCUGCUAGAUAGUUUUUAAUUAUUCACCAAAUGUAUGUGUUUCUUCCAAUUUUUUAUUUGUAAAAUAUGUAUCAUCAGAUUGGAUAGGCUAGGAGUGGAAGCACAUGCCAAUCAUCCCUCUGUUUGGAAGGCUGAGGCAGGAGGAUCACUGGGAUUUCAGGGCUAGCCUGGAGUACAUAGCAAGACCCUAUCUCAAAAAAAAAAAAAAAAAAAAAAAAAAAAAAAAAAAACCCCAAACAAAAAAACCCUCCAAAAAAUGCAGAUUGGAUAUUCCAACCUACUUACUUUUCCAGACCACCUAGAAAAUGUUUUUUUGAGGUGUUUUGUUUGUUUGUUUUGUUUUUGUUUUUCCAGGCAGGGACUGGCUUCAUAGUUCAGGCUAUCCUUGAACUCUAUCCUGCCUCAUCCCCCAAGUGCUAGGAUGGUAGGCAUGUGCCACCAUUUUUUUUCUUUCAUUCAUUCACUUUUUAAAACUUUUUGUACUGAGAAUUGAACUUAUGGCCUCACACUUACUAAACAGGUGCUGUGUCACUGAGCUACAUCCCUGGCCCUCCUCUUCUUUUUUUUUGGCGGGGGGUGUGUGUGUGUGUGUGUUAUGAUUAUGCAGUCAGCUAGUGACAGAGCUGAAACAAUCAUCAAAUUUUCUUACAGGUUAGUGCUUUUUCCAUUAUACCAUUUUUAAAGCUUACUAAGCUCUCUUUCCACCAUUGGUUUUGCUCCUACAUGUGUGCAGAUGUUUCAUGGUAAAUUUCGAAAUGUAUCAGUGUGGCAACUUAAUCAGGUCAAACAGGAACUUGGGGCUGCACAGGUAUUGAAUCAUUUCUAGUACUUGGGUAAGUCAGGUAGUUUCUCUGUAUGGAAUUUAUAUUCACAUCCUUUUCAUUUUGUUUACAAAUCUAUUUUGU